AUGGGGGGAAAGCAGCGGGGCGGCAAGGGGACGACGGGCGGAGGAGAAUCCGCUGCAGCAGCGGCGUCGUCGCAUGGGGGGAGGAGGGGAGAGAAGGCGCGGAUGGCGGACGGGGCCGGGGAGAAAGGGCGCGGUGGGGGAGGGGCAGGGGAGAAGGGUCGUGGUGGGGGAAACGCAGAGGAGAAGGGUCGAGGGUUGGAAGGAGCGGGGGGAACGGGCCGGGCGGCAAAGUUGGCGGAGGUGGCGGUGUCGCUGGGGGUGACGGGGCACACGGGGCACCUCGAGAUCAUCGCUGUGGACCGCCACCGCUUCCCCCUCCACCCCCGCCUCGCCCCCCCGCCCUUCCUGCUCUCCUGCAUGCUUGUGCGCCCUUCCCCCUUUUCGCUCCCCCACUGCUCCCCCCACUACUCUCAUGCCGUCGUGCCGUCAGCUCUCCUGCACAGGCACGAGAGCAAGACGGUGCGGAAGGGACGCUGCUCCCCCCACUGCUCUCCUGCUGUGCAGCGUCCCUUCCUGCAGCAAGAGCAGCCGGUUCAUUCCUCUUCUCCGCCCUCAUUCCACCUUCCUCUCCAAACCUCUCUCCCAAACUUCUCUCCCAAACCUCUCUCCCAACCUCCCAAUAUCCUUCCCCAAACUUCUGUUACGCCCAACCUCUCCCUGCAGCCCAAGCCUCCUUUCCCGGAGCCUCUGGACGUUCGGGAUCUACCGGAGCUGUGCCCUCUGGCCGUGUGGGAUGACGUGGAGCGCCAGCUGGCGUGCGAGCCGCAGGAAGACGCCAUGUGGCAGUACGACUGGAUGCCACGUGGCGACCUGUCAGCCGUGACACCCGGCGGGCUGAGCACUGUUCUUCCCCCCGAGCGCGUAUCUCAAUCUCAACCGUCCGCCCCAGAGCUCGUCCACGGCACCACUGCUGCUCAACCCCUCACCCGCCCCAUUCAAGCCCUUCCCUCCGUCUUUACUCUCCCUCCACAGCUGUUCUUCCCUCCGGGCACGUAUCUCGACCUCACCCGUCCGCCUCCCUCUGCUCUGGAGCUCGUCCGCGGCACCACUGCUGGUGCCGCCCACCCCCUCGCCCUCUCCUCCCACCCGGCCCCACACGCUGCCACUGCUGCUGCCGGUGAUGGUGCAGGGGGGUUGCAACAUGGGGAGGGGCAGGCGAGUGGGGGAAGAGGCGAGUCAGAGGAGGCUUUAACGGCACUGUUUGCUUAUUUGGAGGGAGGGGCGGGAAAGGGAGGGGCAGGCCGCGGAGAGGCGAAGGGUGUUGGGGAUGCAUCGUUGCUGCUGAGUGUGCCUCCUGGUUUCACUGAGGGCGGACGGUUCGAGGCCAGGGAGGAGAGGGACAUGCUGCCGCUCUCUCUGCUGUGCGCGCUGACAACCCCCUCCAAGGAGGUAUCAGAGGUGCUUCCCAAGGACGUGCAGAGUGCGGGCACUGGAGGGGCAGUAGGGAGCGGCGCUGCUGGUGUUGAGGGGGGAGAAGUGGGAGAGGGGGAGGCGGAAGGAGAAGCUGGGGGUGCGCAGGGGGGAGGAGAGGGGGAGAGCGGGAAGCUUGGGUUUGCAGAUCCCUCCAUUGCUCCAUCUGAUGCCAUCGCGAUUCCCUGCCCUCCCCUUUUCGUCCCUCCCUCCCACGCACCGCUCACAGCCACCGCACGGCCGUCACCACAGGGCAAGCGCAGUGAGAGGAAGAGCGGGGCAGCAGCAGCGGUGGAUGCGCUGCUGGGGGCGGGCAGAGGAGCGUUUGGCAGCCUCGAGUGGUGGACUGCUGGCUCUGGCCUGGGCCUGCUGGGUGCUGCUCCUUCUGCCUCCCGCCCUGCUGCGUCCAAAGAGGGCCAUGCGUGGGCAUGGGCAGUGACAGACGGCAUACCAGAUCUGGACCGCGAGUUCGCCACCAUCCAGCCCGACAUGGCCAUGACCUUCCCCUUCCAGCUGGACACCUUUCAGAAGGAGGCCAUAAUCCAUCUGGAGCGACAUGAGUCGGUCUUCGUGGCGGCACACACCUCAGCGGGCAAGACUGUCGUGGCUGAAUACGCGUUUGCCCUCGCCGCCAAGCACUGCACGAGGGCAGUGUACACGUCGCCCAUCAAGGCCAUCAGUAAUCAGAAGUUUCGUGACUUCAGCAAGCGAUUCGACGUGGGGCUGCUCACGGGGGACCUCAGUGUGCGCCCCGAGGCCGCGUGCCUCAUCAUGACCACUGAGAUCCUCCGCUCCAUGCUGUACCGCGCCGCUGACAUCAUCAAGGAUAUUGAAUGGGUGCGUGCUGUGGUGGUGUUUGACGAGGUGCACUAUGUGAACGACAUGGAGCGCGGGGUGGUGUGGGAGGAGGUGAUCAUCAUGCUGCCGCCCCACGUGGGACUUAUCAUGCUCUCCGCCACUCCAUGUGACCGUCCAUCUGUGUCCACACGUUCUCCCCUUUCCGCCUUGCCUCCCCCCUCCAGCACCACGCGGCGACCAGUGCCUUUAGAGCACAACAUCUACUACGGCGGUCGCCUGCACCGCAUCUUUGACCGCGGGGACAUCGACAGCGCUGCUCUGCGCGCCGUGCACGCCGCACACAAGGCCAAGCACGCCCCUCCCGCCCAGCAGGGUGCGGGAGCGGGGCGAGGAGGCGCGGGGAGAGGAGGAGGGGGAGCAGGCGGACAGGGGGGGCAGCAGCAGGGGAGAGGUGGGCAGGCGGGGCGAGGGGGGAGAGGAGGGGGCGGGGGAAGAGGCGGAGGGGGAGGGGGAGGAGGGGGAGGGAGAGGGCGGGGUGCGGGGAUGGCGGCAGCAGGGAGGGCGAUAGCAGCGGCGAUGGGGGGGGGAGGGGGAGGGGAUCGGUACCGGCGGUCGAUGGCAACGGAGUGGAUGCAGUUCAUCAACCUGCUCAGCAAGCAGGAGCUUCUGCCUGUUGUGGUGUUCUGUUUCUCCAAGCGCCGCUGUGACGAGUCAGCGGACAGCCUCACAUCAAUGGACCUCACGUCCAAGAGUGACAAGAGCGCCAUCGUCAUGUUCUGUAACUCUGCAUUCGCUCGCCUCAAGGGCUCCGAUAGGCACCUCCCGCAGGUGGAGCGCAUAUCGGAGCUGCUGCGAAGGGGCAUCGGGGUGCACCAUGCAGGGCUGCUGCCCAUCGUGAAGGAGGUGGUUGAGAUGCUCUUCUGCUCCGGACUCAUUCGGGUGCUUUUCUCCACCGAGACAUUCGCCAUGGGUGUCAAUGCUCCUGCCCGCACUGUGGCCUUUCACGCUCUUAAGAAGCACGACGGUCGCUCCUUCCGCAUGCUGCUGCCGGGGGAAUACACGCAGAUGGCGGGCAGGGCGGGCAGGCGAGGGCUUGACAAGUUCGGCACGGUGAUCAUCUGCUGCUGGGAGGGCGAGGAGGUGCCAAGCGAGGUGGAUUUGAGGCGCAUGCUGACGGGCAAGGCCACCAAGCUGGAGUCACAGUUCCGCCUCUCCUACGCCAUGAUCCUCAACCUGCUACGCGUGGAGGACCUCACUGUGGAGGACAUGUUGAAGCGCAGCUUUGCAGAGGCACAUGCACAGCGCCUACUACCGCAGCAGCAGAAGAUGCUGCAGGCAGGCGAGCAGGCUCUUGUCCAGCUCGCCAACACACAGCCCAUCAGCUGCAUCCUGGGGGACCCCUCGCUCAUAGAUAACUACUAUGACGUGGCAAGUGAGGCCCCAAUAUCUGCUCCUCCCACUUUUCCCUCCCCCACUUCCCUCUCCUUCUCACCCCCCCUCACUUCCCUCCCCCUUUUCCCUCCCUCCAUCUUCCCUCCCUCUGGCCCUCCCCCUGCCCUCCCCUCCCCUCCUCUCCAACCCCUUUCAAUGACUCAGACGGCGUCACCCCACGUGGCAGCGCUGCUCAAGGGCCCCUUCGGGCCCACCCUGGCGAAGCACAUGACGGCAUCACCCCACGUGGCAGCGCUGCUCAAGGGCCCGUUCGGCCCCACACCAGAGAAGCACUCCUUCCUCGUGCUCUCCCUGCCGCGCUCCCACCCCUCCACCACUGCGGGCGCAGAGGGACGAGGAGAGGGCGUUGGGAGUGGAGAGGAGGUGCGGGAGGAGGAAGGGAGGGAGGAGGAGACGAGGGUGGGGCGAUCGUUCAACCAGGUGACAGUCCUUGGAUCAGGUCCCAACGGGCCGAUAGUCGUCAACAUGCGGUUACCGCAUCGCGGCACUGUAGCGGGCACGUGUUACACGGUGGAGCAGAUCCCUGCCGCCCAGCUCGUGGGGGUGUGCCGAGCCAAGGUUGCUCUGGAUGUGCCGAGCCUGCUGGAGGAGGUUCGGGUCCCGGCGUAUGCUGCGGCGGUGCAGGCGCUGGUUCAGGUUCGGGAGGAGUGUGCUCCUGCCGAUCCUCCCCUCAUCGACCCCAUCAAAGACCUCAAGAUCGCUGACUCAGCAACCGCAGCCAUGCACAAGCGCCAGCUGGCUCUGCGGGAGCUGCUGCCGCGCAGCCCGUGCCACGCGUGCCACCGAUUGGACGAGCACUACGCUGCGGUCGCCUCCCGCCGUCAGCUGUCGCAGCAGGUGGAGCAGCUCAAGGCGAUGACGAGCGACCAGGCGCUGCAGCAGCUGCCAGAUUUCCACCUGCGGGUGGAGGUGCUUCAAACUCUCGCCUUCAUAGACUCAGAUCGCAUAGUGCAGCUCAAGGGGCGGGUGGCGUGUGAGAUGAACAGCGCUGACGAGCUGCUCGCCACCGAAUGUCUGCUACACCACCACCUCGCCGCCCUCUCGCCGCCCGCUGCCGUCGCGCUGCUCUCGGCGUUUGUCUUCCAGCAAAAGGACGCGUCGUCGCCCCAGCUCACUGCGGAGCUGGCCCAUGCGAGGAACAAGCUGCUAGACCUGGCAUACUUCCUCGGCGACCUACAGAGGCGAGUGGGGCUGCCCACAUCAGCGGAGGAGUAUGCAGCAGCCACACUCAACUUUGGGCUCAUGGAGGUGGUCUAUGAGUGGGCUCUGGGCACACCCUUUGCUGACAUCUGCCCGCUGACCAACGUGGCAGAGGGAACCAUCGUGCGCACCAUCCUUCGGCUCGAUGAGACAUGUCGUGAGUUUCGCAGUGCUGCCAGGCUGCUGGGGAAUUCGGAGCUCAUGGCGACCAUGGAGGCGGGGUCUGCUGCCAUCAAAAGAGACAUAGUAUUUGCUGCCUCGCUUUAUGUCUCAUGA